AUGCACUUGGCCGAGCGAAGCAGAGGAGCCGUGAGCAGAACGGCAGUGGCAGCAUCUUCAGGGAGCACGGGGGCCCUUCACCACAGUCAUUGUCGCGGUGACAAGGGUGCAAUGUUGCACAGGUCCCCAGAGGCCGUGUCUGCAGACAAUGCCUCGCUCCGUUUGGCCUUUGGCUCUGACAAGAAGUGGGAGGGCGCAGUGUCUCACCUCAACACGUUCCUGAGUGCCCAAGGAAGUCCGAGCUACGCAGGGCCCAAGUUCAGCGUCCUGCCCAAGCCCCCCAGUCACUGGGGGCCCUUUCCAAUGGGAUGA